CAGUAGCUUUGAAAUGCGUCCAAAUUUCAUACGAUUCAGAAGUUGCAAUAUUGUUCGAGAGAUGGUCAAUAAUAAGUAUAAAUGAACGAUUCAGUGAUAUCCGUUCAUCUGUGUGUCUGAACGUUCGGAUGAAAAUAUUAUCAACCGACACAACACGAUUGAAAAUUUUUCUUAUCCUAUUGUUCACUACUCUCGUCUAGUUAAAACUAACCGCAUUAAAACAAUUGACAAUUCUGCAAAGUCUUAUGAUUCAUUGAAUAACAUCGACCGAUAAGAAUACUUUGAAAGAAUAACAACAUGUCUAAGCGUAAGCUCGAGGAUGUACUAAGUGAAGAUUGGAAGGAUAGUAGAGCGAAAACAGAACCAACCGUCAAGAAUUCUUUGGACUCUGAUGAGGAAGAUGAAGAAGCCAAUGAGGAUACUUACAAUGUCAUGAAUGAGGAUGACUUUGAAGGCACGGAAGACGAUCCCGUAGCGGCAGAGACAGAUGUAGGCUUCACAGCAUUCAAUAUGAAGGAGGAAUUAGAAGAGGGACACUUUGACAAGGAUGGUCAUUACCUCUGGAAUAAGGAAAAGCAGAUCAGAGACAAUUGGCUCGACAACAUUGACUGGGUUCAGAUUAAAUCUGGGGGACGCGAAGGUACAAGCGAUAAAACAGAUGACAAAGUCAAAGGAUUGGCGGACAGCGAUAGUGAGGAUGACGAACAAGACGUGAUGUUUGACAGUGCGCCGUUGUAUAAAAAAAUUCUCGAAUAUUUACGCCCUGGGGAAACUGUUUCAAAAGCACUACGCAGAUUAGGCAAAGGAAACAAGAGAAUGACUACUGCAGAACGAUGGAAAAAGAAAAAAGAAGCACAAGCCGGUGUAGAAACUAAUGAAAAUGCCGACAAAAUAACACAGUUAACAGAGUUUGCAAAUGAACUUUUAACACGGACUGGUAACAUGGAUAUAUACGAGGAAAGUUACGAACAAAUUAAAAAAAAGAUUGAGAUGAGCGGGAAACAAUCACAUCCUUCGAAACAGGAAGCGGAAUUGGAUAUGUACUCCGACGAUUUUGAUGUCAAAGAAAAGGCCAAGCUUGACGAAAAUACAGCCCCUGGUGAUUCGUCGACGAUGGAAGUCGAGAAACCGAAAGGGAGUUCGACAGAAACUAAGCAGGAUCUUGAAGAAGACGCGGUGACGUGGGAGCUAAAGUGGUCGCAGAAUGAAACAGCCGAGGUUCAUGGACCGCACUCAACUGAGCAAAUGCAAGCUUGGUCCAAAGAGGGAUAUUUUAAAUCUGGUGCUUGGGUACGACGAACUGGUCAACAAGGGCAGUUUUAUAGUGCAGCGAGGGUCGACUUUGAAUUAUAUUUAUAGUAUGGUGAGCUUGUGGAUUAAGAAGUGAAGUAAAAUUUGCAGGGAAGUAGAAAGAGAAAAUAAAAAACGAUUCAUCU